CGGUGCUUUUAAAAAAAAAAAUCAAAAUUACCAAUGCAAAUUAAAUUAAAAUAUUAAAAAUAUAUUGUGAACUAGUUUCCUUAAUUCCAAAUAAAAAGAACAUCGAUCAGUUUCAUUACUCAGCUCCAUCAAGAACGACCACGCUGCUACUUUCUCUCGUCUGGUGUCGUUCUUCAACUGCAGCAGUGAUAAGGGUUUGAAGUUGUGAGAAGUUCUUGCUGUCAAUUUCAUCAAUUUAGAGUAAUCUUCUUCCCUUUCUUUAUACUCGAUUUUCGUUGUUAUACCUUAAAUUUUAAUUUUUUUCUUCAAUUUUCAAUGAAAUUGGGAAUUGUUGUCCUAAGUGAAAACGAAAGUGAAGGGAUCGAAUUACGUUCGUAUUGGAGCAGCUACAAUAAAGACGCAGGACAAAGGGAAUCCAAGCUUCAAACAGGUACUUGGCGUUUUUGAAAUCUCAUGUAAGCAAUAAAGCGCAAUCGGAGGGAUCUAUAGCAGAGGGGUAUCUUUUAUGGGAGACAAUUGCAUUUUGUUCGAGAUAUUUAGAAAGUGUUGAGACCAUAUUUAAUAGACCAAGAAGGAAUGAAGAUGGCGUGCCCGACGAUGAGAACUAUCUGGUGGUCGUGUUGUUGGAAAGAAAGAAAAUGUUCAUUUGGAUGAUAGAAGUUUAAAACAAGCACAUCGCUAUGUUUUACUUCAUUCUGAUGAAGUGACACCGGUGCUUGAUGUUAGAAAAGAUGACUUAUCGAAGUAAGAGGGCAAGGGACAUACUUGCGGCUGCAACUAAGGGAUGAGAUACUCUGUCGUCACAGCCUCCAAAUACAACUAUUGCAGACCAAUCUUCUGGAAGUGAAGCUGCCUCACAACCCACCAAAAAGCAAGCUGUUGGUUCAUUAAAAUUUGAUGAGGUGCAGAAUGAGAAAUGGGGGCCAUUUGGUCCACCGAAAACCACUACUUCUGCACAAUCACCUUCUAUCAAUCCCGAAUCUAUUUGGAAGAAACCUCCUACUACACCAACACCAAGUUUAAUUAUGGAAGCUGCUAAAGACAAACAAGGUUGCUCGCAAAAAACUACACCCAAACUUACUGCUAUAGUCUCACCUAAUAUGCCACCUAACAUGCCACCUAUUGCACCUGAACCAUUCAGGCACCCUUCUACUUCUUCUCCUGCUACUCACCAACCAUUCAGGCCCCUUCUACUUCCUCUCCUGCUACUCACCAACCAUUUAGGCACCCUUCUACUUCCUCUCCUGCUACUCACCAACAAUUUGACCUCCAUCAACCUUCGAAACAAGGAAUUCAGAACCAAGCUUCAAGUGCUGCCAAAAGUUCAAAUGCAGCUCCACAUAAUAAGAAUCAAACACAACAAAACAUUGGUGAAGUUACUUCCAGAUUGGCGUGAAGACAUUGAGUUCGAUGACAAGGAGGAGGUUUUGACCAUAGAUGACAAGGGUAAUACUACAUUGGUGAGUGGUGUAAUUCAUCCAGUUGACGUUUUGAGUGCUAAAGGCUUCAAGUACGUUGUGGAAUUCAAUGAUCUUUGCCAACCGAUUAGGAAAGGUGGACAUGUUUUGAUUAAAUUUAUUGGUUAUUUGGCAAAGAUGGAGUCCCAUUGUCCACUUGGACCAACAGAUUGGAAAAAAAUCGACGGGACUAUAAAAGGGAAUGUAGUUACAAAUAUGCGAGACCACUUUGUGAUUCCCGAUGGUAAAGAAUACGACAAACAAGCUUUGCAACGUGCCAAUAAAGCAUGGAGACAAUAUAAGUUUGAAUUGAAAAAGCCAUAUUUCAAGCCAAAAGAAAAAACAAUGGGUGAGAUGAAAACACAACCACCAGCAGGAAUUAGCCCCCUGAAUUGGACAGUGUUGGUAGAUUAUUGGUAUUCUGAUAAAGCACAAAGUUUGGCAGAAUGUGGAAAAAGGGCACGAUCUUUCCUUAAUCAGUAUCACAGAUGUGGCAGCAAUAGCUAUGCAAAUCAACAAGCUGAUUAUGAAGACGAACAUGGAGAACCAAUGAGCUUAUUAGCUCUUUGGAUUAAAUCUCACUCGGGUAAAGAUGGAAGCUUUCUCCCUGGCACAGACACUGAAGAUUUUGUGGAUGAUGUAAAAGCUAAGGUUGAGCAGCUUAGGUUGAUGUACCCUACGAAGUCACAGACAGAGCUAGAAAAUGAAGCUUUUGAGAAAACGAUAUAUAGCGAUGAGAUUCCCGAUCGUCCUGUGGGUUCUGGACAAGGGGUAAACAAGGGUGAUAUCUACGGAGUGCAUGGUGUGUUAAGGAAAGAAGGGUACGGAAAAUUCCAAAGAAGAGUUAAUUUAAUGGAUAAUGUUAAAGAAGAUGUGGCUACUUUGUACAAAAAGAAUGAGGUGCUUGAAAAAGAAAAUGAAAAGCUCAAAGACCAAGUCCAAGAGAAUAAUUUUUUGCUGAAAUAUCUUGUUGGACACUUUUCUCAAAUUGUAGGUAAAGUUAGUGAGGGUAACACUGAUCCACAUAUGCUAAGACUUGCACAAGAAGUAUUGGGUAUGACACACCAUCAGGUUGGAAGAGGUACGAUGAAGGGGCUAAAGCAGAAGGACAAUGAUAAAAUGAGUUAGAUUGUGGAGGCAAGUAGACUUGACAGCUAGCCUAAUUCGGUUUGGUGCGACGACUCUAUGAUGUUAAUUAUUCUUAGUAUAUAUUUGUUCUUAUUUGGAGACACUAGUAUUAGUAGCAAACAAGGUUUCUAAUAGUAAUUAUGUUAAUAUUUUGGAUCAUUUUAGAAUGAUGUUAAAAAUAUGUUGGUUUAAAUUUUUAAUA